AGCGUGACCAAACAGGUUCCAAGUCCACCCAAAACACGCUCUUAUUGCAUUAGCAGAAGCUUUUUCCUCUGGUGAAUGGAAUCAUUUGUUGGGUGCUCACUUUCAUAUUCAGAUCGCUUCACCCUCCUGAUUCUCCGGCCAAUCCUCGCCGUCUCUUUUGUACUUUCGUUGCUUGUUUUGGGUUGGUUUUUGGCCUGGAAACUGCUACUGGUUCACGUCCCUUUGGUCCAGGAGAUUUUUGGUCUUAAGAAGAAACCUUCGCUUCCCAAACCCUCAAACCGCCACCGAUUCACACGUUUCUACAAUACACUUACACCCAAUCACAACGAUAACUCCAACUUAUCUGGUUGAUUCUGAGGAAGCUCGUGUUGAAGGACUUAAUUUGUGUCUGGAACGCUUUUUUUAAAAAAAGAAAAAAAAGAAAAAGAAAAAUGGCAUUAAGACGUUUUUUUGGUUUUUCUGAUGGUGAGCUAAUGAGAUCUGAUUCGAAACCUUGUUCAAGAUUGAUGAGACAUACUGCUGGUGUUUUUAGUGUUGGGGGAGCCUUAGGCUUUUGGAUCCUAUGUCGUCUGCAUUACGGU